UCCGGUUUGAAUUGCAAUAGGAGCAAUUUUUUUUUUUUUUUUUAAAAGCGUUACUACUUGACAAUAUAUAUUUGCAUUAAGACUGGAACUGAAAUUCACAAUCAAAAACAUACAAGAAUGGAAGAAGCAAUGCUCUACGCAAUUGUCAUCACUUUGAUUCUAGUUGUGGCUUUGAAGUUGAUGCUACAAACAAGAAGACAGCGCCGAAACCUUCCACCAAGUCCACCUUCUCUUCCAAUCAUAGGCCAUCUCCAUCUCCUGAAACAACCCAUCCAUCAAUCUCUCAACAAUCUCUCCCAAAAGUAUGGUCCCAUCAUGUCUCUCCGCCUUGGUUCACGUCCUGCAAUAGUCGUCUCAUCACCGUCAGCUGUCGAAGAAUGCUUCACCAAGAACGAUAUUGUUCUCGCCAACCGCCCUGAUUUCUCCAUGGGCAGGUACUUAAACUACAACAACACCACUCUUGGUGCUGCAAGAUACGGCGAUCAUUGGCGCAACCUCCGUAGAGUAUGCACCGUUGAAAUCCUAUCAUCCGCUCGUCUCAACCAGUUUCGAAGCAUCCGAAAUGAAGAAGUCAAUGCAUUACUUGGUAGACUUCAUCGAGUUUCUUCCCAGGGCUUUGCCAAGGUAGAGUUGAGAUCACUCUUUUUCGACCUGACUGCUAACAUAAUAAUGAGAAUGAUUGCUGGGAAGCGUUACUAUGGCGAAGAAGUGAAAGAAUCAUGCAGAGAGGAGGCGGACAAGUUUAGGGAGAUAAUAGAGAAGUUCUUUGCAUAUAUUGAGGUUACACCUCUAGGUGAUUUGUUUCCUAUCCUACAGUGGAUUGAUUAUUAUGGAUUUAUAAAGAAGCUGGUUAGGCUUGGCGAAAAGAUUGACUCAUUCUUGCAAGAACUGAUUGAAGAGCAUCGAGUUGAUAAGGAUAGAAAUACGAUGAUAAAUCACUUGCUUGCUCUACAGGAAUCUCAGCCACAAUACUAUACAGAUGAAAUAAUCAAAGGCCUGAUUCUGGUUACGUUGGCUGGUGGAACAGAAACCUCAUCUACGGCUUUAGAAUGGGCAAUGUCAAAUUUGCUCAACAAUCCAAAUGUUUUAAAGAAGGCUAAAGAAGAGAUAAACACUCAGAUUGGUGAAGAACGAUUGAUAGAUGAAUCAGAUUUGCCAAAACUAAACUAUCUUCAAAGCAUCAUCUCAGAGAACUUGAGAUUGUGUCCAGUUGCUCCACUCCUAGUGCCACACUUGUCAUCUGAUGAUUGCACCAUUGGGGGAUUCCAUGUGCCCUCCAAUACAAUAGUAUUUGUAAACGUUUGGGCCAUUCAAAGAGAUCAUAACUUGUGGGACGACCCAACAAGUUUUAAGCCAGAGAGAUUUGAGAAUGGGAAGGCAGAAGCAUUCCAGUUCUUGCCUUUUGGGUUGGGAAGGAGAGCUUGUCCUGGAGAAGGCUUGGCAAAUAGAACAAUGGGCUUGACUUUGGGUUCGUUGAUUCAAUGCUUUGAAUGGGAAAGGGUUGAUGGUAAGGAGAUUGAUAUGGCUGAGAAGACAAGAAUCACUAUGUCCAAAGUUAAACCCUUGGAGGUCUUGUGUUCAUCUCGUCCAAUUCUUCCCAAGGUUCUCUCUUAAGCUGCCACAAGAAAGGUAGAUGCAUUGUGCUUUUCAAGUCAACCCGUUAGUAGUAACAUAAAUCCUCUUCCAUAUGAAUGCCAUAAAAUCCCUCAUCCUAUUCAAUAAAAUUCAAACAUGAAAUUUCUUGGUAGAUAUCCUAUGCAUUUAUAUAUGGUUGUAUAGUUACUACUAGAGAUUUA